UGGACCCCCAGGCAGCGAGAGCACCUCCUCAACUCCUGCGGGCGGAGCUCGUAGCCGAGAGAGUACCUCCUCCCACCACCUUCCCUAGAGGUGCUGGAACCUGGUGAUCGCACCACUUCCGGCGACAGCUGUCCGGCGUCCGCUGUGGAAUGGCGGCUCUGAGGAGCUGGGUUCUCCGGAGCGUCGGCUCAUUCUUCAGGCAGAGUGUUCCAGCUGUAGCAAAGUUGAGGAGAUGCCGUUUCUCAGAUUUGGUGGGACCCUGGCACAAAACAGUGGCAGUGGGGUUUGGAGUAACCCUAUGUGCAGUUCCUAUAGCACAGAAGACAGAGACCCACUUUCUUAGUAAUGAAGCACUGAUGAGAAGGGCGGUUUCCAUGGUGACGGACAGCACCUCCACCUUUCUCUCACAAACCACAUAUGCACUGAUUGAAGCCAUCACAGAGUACACCAGGGCAGUUUACACAUUAGUGUCUCUCUACCGACAAUACUCAAGUUUGCUUGGGAAAAUGAAUUCUCAAGAGGAAGAUGCAGUGUGGCAGGUGAUCAUAGGAGCCAGGGUUGAGAUGUCUUCAAAACAGGAAGAGUACUUAAAGCUAGAAACGACUUGGAUGACCGCCAUCAGUCUGUCAGAGAUGGCAGCAGAAGCAGCCUACCAGUCAGGUGCUGAUCAGGCUUCAGUUACAGCUCGAAAUCACGUUCAGCUGGUGAAGACUCAAGUUCAGGAAGUGCGCCAGCUGUCCAAGACAGCUGAGACCAAGUUGGCUGAGGCCCAGACUGAAGAGCUACACCUCAGACGCCCAGAGAAGCCGGAAGAAGGGGUCUCCCCCCAGUGCCCAAGCACCGGGGGAUCUGUGCUGUCAGACCAUGAAGAAGAGGCCUACUUACGGGAAGACUGAGGAGGCCUCUCCUGUGGGCACUAAUACUGUGAAUAUGGUUACCUAGAUUGCCUUGGAAAAGAGAAUUAGAAAGGAGCGGAAGCUGGGCUGGAGGGCUAGCGAAGAGUAAUCCCAUUCCUGAGUUAGGCAGCAGGUUCCAAGCUCUGUGAGAUCCAGAGAUCCCAUGCACCUCACCCCAGUUUGAGUGGUGAAAUGAGAAUUGUCAUGGCCACCCAGCUACCAGUCACGAAAGCUGCCCUCAGCAGCCUGCUCAAGCUCCUCUAGCUGCCUUUUCCUGGAGAGAAGCUCAGGCUCCCUCAGUCACCUGGGGGCAAGGGGCACAGCCCUCUUAACCAGUUAAUUUAAGUAGUAGGUUAGCCUCCCUUUUCAACCCUAGUCAGGUUUUCAAAUGUAGGUUAUUUAAGCAUUGGUUCCCCCUUGUGGGAUGUGAAUGGGGGGUGGGGGAGAGGCCUGUUUGUAGUAUUUGUUUUUCAAAGGUUCAUGCCCUCUUUGACCUGUCUUACUUUUAGUCUAAGUGUGGCUAAGAUAAGUGCCUGGCCUGCCCCUGCAAGGAGGUCUGGCUGCACAUCUGGGGAAGGUACUUCACGAAACGUGUUUGUAUUCGGUGUGAAACAGGAGUCACUUAUAUGAAAUUC